AUGGGCCUGAGUUCGGCCCAGAUCGGAGCCCUGCAGCUCUUUGCCCUUGUCAUGGUCCUGGAGAACCAGCUGUUCAAGGCAGAAGAAGGCAAAGGAGGAACCUUCCCCUGCCAUGUGCCGCUGAUGCUGGGGCAGGAGCUGAGUGCCUGUGUUGGAGACAGGCUGCUGCUUCUGCUCCCACUUGGGUUGGGCUGGUUUCUCAUGGCCAUCAGCUUGGCAGACCCCGAGUCCCAGAGGAAGAGGACAGUGCAGAAUGUGCUGGACCUUCGUCAGAACCUGGAGGAGACCAUGUCCAGCCUGAGGGGCUCUCAAGUGUCUCACAGUGCAGGAUUCCUGCUCUGCUGCAGACCUGCCUGGGGUCUGCUCCAGCCUCCUGCCCGGCCCCGGGGGCUGAAGAGCCGGGACCCCGCCAGCAGGCGCUACGGGCAGUCGAGCCCGCGCCUGCAGGCGGGGGACGCGCCGUCCGUGGGCGGGACGUGCCGGCCCGAGGGCACCCCGGGCUGGUACCCGCACGGCGAGCGGGCGCACUACUCGCACACCAUGCCCAUGCGCAGCCCCAGCAAGCUGAGCCACAUCUCCCGCCUGGAGCUGGUCGAGGCGCUGGACACGGACGACGUGGAGCUGAAGUCGGGCUACAUGAGCGACAGUGACCUGAUGGGGAAGACGCUGACGGAGGACGAGGACAUCACCACGGGCUGGGAUGAGAGCAGCUCCAUCAGCAGCGGCCUCAGCGAUGGCUCUGACAACCUCAGCUCGGAGGAGUUCAACGCCAGCUCCUCGCUCAACUCCCUGCCCUCUACCCCCACUGCCUCGCGCAGGAACUCGGCCAUAGCGCUGCGCACGGACUCGGAGAAAAGGUCACUGGCAGAGAGCGGGCUGAGCUGGUACGGUGAGGGUGAGGACAAGGCACCCAAGAAGCUGGACUACGACAGCAGCAGCCUGAAGAUGGAGCAUGGCUCCUCCAAGUGGCGGCGGGAGCCCUCAGAGGGCAGUGAGGAGGGGUCCAAGGGUGGUGAGCUGAAGAAGCCUGUCAGCCUGGGCACCCCGGGCUCUCUCAAGAAGGGCAAGACCCCUCCAGUGGCUGUGACCUCCCCCAUCACCCACACUGCCCAGAGCACCCUCAAAGUGGCAGGUGAGACCAAAUUUGGGCAGAGUCCAGCUUCUCUGAUGGGGAGGGGGCUGGCUGGCAUCUCUAGCGUCAGCUCACCUGAGAGCACCCCAAAAGCCCAGGCCAACCUCCCGCCGGCGGCCAAGGUGGCUGAACUGUCCCCCACACCUCUCAGAGCAGCUGCGAAGACCUAUGUGAAGCCUCCCUCACUGGCCAACUUGGACAAGGUCAACUCCAACAGCCUGGACUUGCCCUCCUCCAGCGAGCUGCACACCCCCCACACAGCCAAGCUCCAGGACCUGCACCCGGCUGGUGGGCACCUCGCGCCCUGCUUCAGCCCCAGUCCUGCCCCCAUCCUCAACAUCAACUCGGCCAGCUUCUCCCAGGGCCUGGAGCUCAUGGGUGGCUUCAGCGUCCCCAAGGAGGGCAGGAUGUAUUCCAAGCUCUCAGGCCUGCAUCGCAGCAUGGAGUCCCUGCAAAUGCCCAUGAGCCUGCCCAGUGCCUUUUCAGGGGGCAGCACCACCACCCCCACCCCUGUUGCUGCACCCCCCACUGGUACAGAGGAGGAGGAGGAAGAGGCAGGGGAGCUGGGCUGGAGCGGGAGCCCCCGGCUUGCACAUCUGGACAGUGCCAACCGCGACAGGAACACGCUGCCCAAGAAAGGGCUGAGGUACCAGCUCCACUCCCAGGAGGAGGCCAAGGAGCGGCGCCACUCGCACGCCAUCAGCAGCGGGCUCCCCGAGGCGGACGACCAGCAGGAGCUGCCCUCGCCCCCCACCCUCCCCAUGGCACUGGUUGGGAAGGGUCCACUCACCAGCAUCGUGAGUCCCACUGCUGCUGCAACCCCACGGAUCACCCGCUCCAACAGCAUCCCCACCCAUGACUCCACCUUUGAGCUGUACAGCACGUCCCAGAUGGGCAGCACCCUCUCCCUGGCUGACAAGCCCAAGGGCAUGAUCCGCUCAGGCUCCUUCCGGGACCCUGUGGAUGAUGUUCAUGGAUCCGUGCUGUCCUUGGCCUCCAGCGCCUCCUCCACCUACUCCUCCGCUGAGGAAAAGAUGCAGUCUGAGCAAAUCCGCAAGCUGCGCCGCGAGCUGGAGUCCUCGCAGGAGAAAGUGGCCACUCUGACCUCCCAGCUGUCUGCCAACGCCAACCUGGUGGCAGCUUUUGAGCAGAGCCUGGUGAGCAUGACAUCCCGCCUGCGGCACUUGGCCGAGACUGCCGAGGAGAAGGACACGGAGCUGCUGGACCUGCGAGAGACCAUCGACUUCCUGAAGAAGAAGAACUCGGAGGCCCAAGCUGUGAUCCAGGGUGCCCUGAAUGGCACUGAUGUCACCCCCAAAGAGCUGCGCAUCAAGCGACAGAACUCCUCCGACAGCAUCUCCAGCCUCAACAGCAUCACCAGCCAUUCCAGCAUCGGUAGCAGCAAGGACGCCGACGCCAAGAAGAAGAAGAAGAAGAGCUGGGUGUAUGAGCUACGCAGCUCCUUCAACAAGGCCUUCAGCAUCAAGAAGGGACCCAAAUCAGCCUCCUCCUACUCGGACAUCGAGGAGAUUGCCACGCCGGACUCGUCAGCCCCUUCCUCCCCCAAACUGCAGCACGGCUCCAUGGAGACCACCUCGCCCUCCAUCAAAUCCUCCACGUCCUCCUCCGUGGGCAUCGACACGGCUGAGCUUUUCCAGACCCACAGCGAGGGUGAACCAGAGAAGAAGGAGGUGUCGGAGCUACGGUCAGAGCUGUGGGAGAAGGAGAUGAAGCUGACAGACAUCCGCCUGGAGGCCCUCAACUCGGCCCACCAGCUGGAGCAGCUGCGGGAGACCAUGCACAACAUGCAGCUGGAGGUGGAUCUCCUGAAGGCUGAGAACGACCGCCUCAAAGUAGCUCCAGGGCCCUCGGCAGUGCCGGGCUCUGUUCCUGGCCACAUCAUGAGCACAUCAGCCUCCUCCUCCCCGCGGCGCUCCCUGGGUCUCACCCUUGGCCACGCCUUCAGCCCCAGCCUAGGGGACUCAGAUGUGUCCCCCAUGGAUGCUGUCAGUGCUGGUGCCCAGAAGGACGAGCUGAUGCUGCGGAUUGUGGUGCGCAUGCCGCCCCAGCACAUCAUCAAGGGGGACCUCAAGCAGCAGGAGUUUUUCCUGGGCUGGACCAAGGUGAGCGGGAAAGUGGAUUGGAAGAUGCUGGAUGAGGCUGUCUGCCAGGUCUUCAAGGAUUACAUCACCAAGAUGGAUCCUGCUUCCACACUGGGGCUCAGCACCGAGUCUGUCUACGGCUACAGCAUCAGCCACAUCAAGCGGGUCCUGGACACGGAGCCACCUGAGCUGCCGCUGUGUCGCCGGGGCCUGACCAGCAUCGUGGUGACACUCAAAGGCUUGAAGGAGAAGUGCGUGGACAGCCUGGUGUUCGAGACGCUCAUCCCCAAGCCCAUGAUGCAGCACUACAUCAGCCUCCUGCUGAUGCUCAUCCUCUCGGGACCCAGUGGCACCGGCAAGACCUACCUGACCAACCGCCUGGCCGAGUACCUGGUGGAGCGCUCGGGCCGGGACGUCACCGAGGGCAUCGUCAGCACCUUCAACAUGCACCAGCAGUCCUGCAAGGACCUGCAGCUGUACCUCUCCAACCUGGCCAACCAGAUCGACCGGGAGACGGGCACGGCGGACGUGCCCCUGGUGAUCCUCCUGGAUGACCUGAGCGAGGCAGGCUCCAUCAGUGAGCUGGUCAAUGGUGCACUCACCUGCAAGUACCACAAAUGCCCCUACAUCAUUGGGACCACCAACCAGCCUGUGAAGAUGACCCCGAACCAUGGUCUUCAUCUCAGCUUCAGGAUGCUGACCUUCUCCAACAACGUGGAGCCAGCCAAUGGCUUCCUGGUGCGCUACCUGCGGCGGAAGCUGCUGGAAUCGGACACGGACGUCAAUGCCAACAAGGAGGAGCUGCUGCGUGUCCUGGACUGGGUGCCCAAGCUCUGGUACCACUUGCACACCUUCCUGGAGAAACACAGCACCUCUGACUUCCUCAUCGGUCCCUGUUUCUUCCUGUCCUGCCCCAUUGGAAUUGAGGAUUUCCGGACCUGGUUCAUCGACCUGUGGAACAACUCCAUCAUCCCUUACCUGCAGGAGGGGGCAAAAGAUGGGCUCAAGGUCCAUGGGCAGAAGGCAGCCUGGGAGGACCCCGUGGAGUGGGUGCGGGACACCCUGCCCUGGCCGUCAGCACAGCAGGACCAGUCUAAGCUGUACCACCUGCCCCCACCCACCAUCGGUCCCCACAGCACCGUUUCCCCACCCGAGGAGCGCACCGUCAAAGACACGACGCCCAGCUCCCUGGACUCAGACCCUCUGAUGGCCAUGCUGCUCAAGCUCCAGGAAGCCGCCAACUACAUCGAGUCUCCAGACCGUGAGACCAUGGUGGAUCCCGACCUGCAGUCGACUCUGUGA